UCGGCGCUCCGCCAACUUCUGACACUGAGGAACAACGUGGACCAGAAGUGACUUGGAGGCAUUCUCAAAAAGACCGUGGAACAGUUCCAAAGUUCGAGGAGAGUUACUUUUUGUGUGAGGGCUAAUUUUGCCUUGUGUAUUUCAAGACAACGAAGGAAGGUAGAGAAAGGGUGAAUCUGAUCAGAAGUGCUAGUGCGUGUGGAACAAUUGUUUUUUUACAUCUGUUCGUUUCUGUCACCACCAUCUUCAAGGUUAGUUGUGGUCCACAUAAUCUCUACUCACGUUCCUUCAAUGCUUUAUAAGAUGAUGAGAAGGGACACCCCCCCAAUCAAGAUGUUAUGGAUUGGUCACGUGUUCAACAUCUUUCUCAUGCUCUCGAAUUGUGACAGGGUUGGAACUGUUUCUGAUCCCUGGCGUCGGCGACCUCAAUACCAAGAUUUCGGUCUUCCAUCGCUGUUCCCGCCCACAUUGUCGCCCCAUCAGAUCUCCACCACCGAGACCGUGGUGGAGGAGCCAAUAUUUGACAGCAGUCUGGUCACUAACAUGACUGCCCAGUUGGGGCAAACGGCCCAUCUGCAUUGCAAAAUCCUCAACAUCAAGAAGGGACAUCCAGUCUCGUGGAUCCGUCGACGGGACAUGCAUAUCUUAACCGUGGACCAAGCCGUGUUCACCAAGGACGCGAGAUUCCUCAUGCAUCACUUGCCAGAGAGCAGUCAAUGGACUCUUAUGAUCAAGUAUUUGCAGAAAAGGGACGAGGGAACGUAUGUGUGCCAGGUCAGCACCCAAACGGGCGUGAAAUCCCAUUAUUUCAACCUUUUGGUGACAGUGCCCACGGCGUUCAUUUUGGGCAGUGACGAAUACCACACUCAAGCCGGGAAUGCCAUCUCCUUAGUUUGUAUCAUCGAAAAUAGUAUGGACCCGCCUCAAUAUGUGUUUUGGUAUCACAAUGACCAACUGAUCAAUUAUGACCGAGUGAGCCGGAUAUCCAUCAAAACCGAUCCAGGUCCGAAAACUCACACUCGACUCAUCAUCAACGAUGUGAUCAAAGAGGAUUCCGGGAACUACACUUGCACCGCUCCCAAUACCAAGCCAUCGACCAUUGACGUCUAUGUGUCUCCAGGCGACAAGACCUUGUCAUUGAGUGACCACAGUCACGCCUCAUCGCCUCAUCACGCAUUGCAGUCACCCCACCUCCUUCUCGUUCAAUGGGCCUCCAUUUGGAUAGCCAUCUUUCUGGUCGGAGGAUCGUCUUUUCUGCAUUCCUCGUCACCCAACCCAGAUCAUCAUCCCCUGUCCACGCGAUCCUUAUCACAAUCAUCAACUUUGAAUCCAAGAUGAGAAACGGGACCUCAUUUCCGUCGAAAAAAAACCAGUCCUUGGCAAAACGGCGUUCUACGUUCUACGUUCUAUUCUUCGCGAUCGGAAUGACCAGAAAACUUUGCAUUCAGCAAAAAACUUAUAGAAACGCUUUCCGUAGUCUUUGAGCGUGGUCGAUUCGCCGCUCGUUCAAUGUGCGUAUUAACGAGAUUGGAACGGUCUCUGGCACAGGAAAUCUGUGGAUGAGUAACCCACUUUCCCAAUGUCUUGCUUUACUGAGUUCCAAGACAAGUGGGCACAGAGAAAGGAACAAAGGACGCUCAUCCAUGUGUCCUUGAAGGUGUGGGCGCACAUUUCCACCCGGCAACCCCGGCCAAAACACAAUAGAAACUUUCAUGAAUCAUUAGCUACAAGCACCUUUAGUUACUCACCCUCGAUGCCAGAACGAAUGUCAGAAAGAAAGACUCUUCGUGUUUUUGGUUCACAGCAUAACCAACCGAUCUGUCUACCCUCUAGUCUACCCUAUGUUGUAGUUCAUUUCAUGUGAAAUUGUCAUUGUGACUGAGGCAAUCUCAUCCACUCAAAGAACGGAUUCUUCCGCCGAAACAAAGACGACAAGUGAAUGAAAACAAAACGGCAGCACUGCUAGCUCUGCAUCUGCCUAGUGGGCUUUCAAGCCAGAACUGUGAAGGACUCAUGUGAAAGUAAACAGAAGUACUCUUUUGCCGCAAUGAGUUUGCCUUUGCUCACUCAUUGCACUGGAUAAUUUCGAGAUCAACGAAAACGAUGGGGCAACAAGGAACAAUGCCAAAAAGCAGUUAACGGACGAACCUCUCCUUUCACCCUGCCUGUCUCCAGCUCUACAAGCAAUGGUUGAUAGUGCCUUGUUCUCAUUCUUAUGAGUUGUUCGCAGAGAGCGAGAAGAAUCCUGCAAUUCAGUGGGUCCUUUCUCUUUCUCUCUGUUUCGGCCACAAAUGUUGAAGGAGCGAAUUCCUUGUUGACCUAACCUCACUUGAGGUCUAUCCAAUUGGAAGUUUGUGGAAUUUGAGUGGAUCUCUUCAAUUUGAUUGCCAAGUUAUGUCAUAAAAUGGGAUGGAUGAGAUUGAAUUUGAAUUUCGAUAAUUGAUAUGACCUCAAUAUGUACUUACAUGUUACUCACCUUUCACUUAGCGUACGUAGAGAUAUUAUUGGUGUCUGCAGGUUGGCUUUGCAAAAAUGCUCCCAUCUGUCUUCAAGAUUUUAAAUUAAAUAGCCAUCAACAAAUUCGCGUGAUUUUGGAAAUAGAACCAUCUAUUCAUCAAUAAAUUGUCUAAUGACACGGCUGCAA